AUGGUGAAACGCAAAUCAGUAACCGUUGGUUUAAUGGUCCCCGUUAAACAAACCGACACUGUUGAAAGUGCUAUACUGGACUCCCGCUGCUAUUUAGAGGGCGGUGGUUCGGCGGAGAGUUUUCUGGCCAGUGAAGAUCUUGAAAUUGGCACUAUCAUUGGAAAAUUGCGCAUCAAUGGUGAUCCAGAUAUGGAGAAUGGUGAUAUAAAUUUAGCUUUAAGAGAAAAGGAUGCACCUGUUGAAAUUGUGCCGGGUACCAAAGACUUAGCUUUAGCAGUUGAAUUGGAUAAGGAGGGCAGAAAUGGUCCUUCCUCGAUAUAUGUUAAUGUUAUAUGCAUACGAAGGCAUUCAACAGAUCCGAGCUUUGUUAUACCCGUCAAUGUGCGUGUUAUCGAUGUCAACGACAAUGCCCCACAAUGGAUUGGCACUCCCUACACUCUAACACUUUCCGAGGUAACAGUACCUGGUACUCGUAUUUUACAGGGCGCCAAAGCAGAAGAUGCCGAUCAACAAGGACCCUUUUCCACGGUGGAAUAUCAAGUACUAACGGGACCCUACUCCGAAUAUGUACAAUUCCUAAAUCCACUUGAAGGAACACUGGUUCUUAAGAAACCUUUGGAUUAUGAACAAAUGCAAAACUUUACCGUAAAACUGAGGGCGCAAGAUCAAGGAACACCAGCGAAAUAUUCCGAUACCACCCUUAGAGUAGUAAUAACCGAUGCCGAUGAUCAGAAUCCCAAGUUCUUAAGAGAAACUUAUAAUGCUGAACUGCCCACAGAUGGUAGACCGGGCGAGUUGAAAAUAAGACCAGAACCCAUUAAGGCCAUAGAUCAAGAUGAGGGCAUAUGUGCUCCCAUACAAUACAGUAUAGUACAAUCUCAAGAUACCAAAUAUUUUCGCGUGCAUCCGCAUAGUGGAGUGAUCACUUUACUGACGCCUAUUGGCUAUUCCGAUCUAACAAAUGGUGCUACUUUGGUGGUUAAAGCCACACAAAUCGAUAAUCUCGAUAGAUAUGCUCUGACCACAGUAACUUUGGCUAGACCGGGUGGAACUCAUAGCGAUAUGAGUGCCUUGGCUUUUGUUCAAAAGAAAUUUCACAUGCGCAUUAGAGAAGAUACGGCUGUGGGUAAUCGCAUUUUAGCCUUGCCCACUAAUAAACCGGGUAAACAUCUGAAAUACAUCAUACCCGAUCCCGUGAAUUCGCAAUUUUUCAGUGUGGGCUCUUUGGGAGAAGUGAUUUUAUCGAAAGCCUUGGAUUAUGAGAAAAUGACCAGGCAUGAUUUUCAAGUGUUUGCCACAGAUGGCAUGACCAAUACGACGGCGGAAAUUUCUCUGGAAGUUAUAGAUGUUAAUGAUUGGGAGCCCAGAUUUCGAGAGACUCACUAUGAGUUUGUGGUGCCUAAAAGUCAAUCUCUACAAUCGCGCAUUGAGUCCCUAGAAGGCGUAAUGAUUGGUAAAAUCGAAGCUGCUGAUGGUGAUCGCAAUGACAAAUUGGAGCUGUCACUAAGAGGUCAACAUGCUGGACUUUUUGAAAUCGAUACUACAGGCAAUAUCUAUAUGAGACCAGAACAAUUACAAACACUCAACGAUUCUACCAUUCACCUAAUAGCCAUUGCCACUGAUUCGGGUGUACCACCCAGAAGUACUUCUGUACCUGUUACCGUCACCAUGGAAGGUGUGGCCUUGGCUCAAGCCUCCUGGAGUAGUAGUUUAUUGGGCAUGUUUGGUAUUAUUGUGGGACUAUUUGUGGUAAUAAUAUUGUCUUUAACUUGUUAUAUUGUACGUUACAAAAAUAAAACACGUAAAACCACGCCCACCUUGGGUCGAAAUCGAGUGCAUAGUCAUGGACAUAGUACAGUGUCCUCGGCUAAUUUAGUGACUCACGAAAAAGUGGCGGGUAAUGGAAAUGGGGCCACCGUAACUAGCGGCAAUGUAUCGGUGCUGCAUAUGAAACAUAAUGGCAACAUAACAAUGGCCAAUCCAAUUGGCAAUGGAGGCUUUCAGCCCAGUACCCUGGGUAGUAAUAUGGGCCUGGGAGCUUCAGCUAUACUGGCAGCCAGUUUAGAGCGUGAACGAGAAAGAGAGCGGCAAAGAGAAAACUAUGCUGCCACAGUGAGAAGUAUAGUUUCCAGGGCCUCUGCAAAUGGUCAGCUCUAUGAGGAAGAUGAAAUUGAAAAUGAUUCCUUAUGCCCCUCCCAUCCACAGUCAGCCGAUAACAAUAACAAAAAAAUGGCCUGGGAGUCUCCCUCCACAACAGCCUCCCAUCAAACGGGUGUCACUACUAUAUCCUGUGCUAACGGCAGUGUCACAAAUGUUGGUGUCAACGGUUCCAGCAACUUGUUAACGGCCACGGAUACAAUGGGUUCAUCGGAAAACAAUUUAACGGUGUACUUUUAAUUUAUUGCAUUAUGUAUUUAAUAUGUAUCUUUCUUAGUUAUUUGUAUAUAAAAAUUGUUUGUUUUAAUUGUAAGUAUUUAUGUAUGUUUUUAGUAAAUUAGUCAUAAAUUUAGUUAAUAGUUAUUUAAUUGCUAAAUUAUACAUAUUUAAAAAAGUAUUUUAGUAUUAAAUAAAGGAAAAAAAAUACUCUUUCUAACAACUAGUUUAUAAGUU